UCGUUGCAAGAAAAGAAGUGAAGACAUUUUCGCGGUUUUUUGUUUAUGAUUUACCGCGUGAUCCAACGAAUACGGCGUAAUCAUAACUAAUAACAUUGAAAUUAUUUUUCAAUUACGUUGCCGAUUCUGUUGUUAAAUUUAACCAAGAUAUGCUCUAAGGAAUCAGUUUUUACCACAGGUUAAUCGAAGAACUCAAUCUAUUUGAUUUGGGAAACAUCUUUUAUUUCAUUGAGACAUUGCUGUUUGGAGUAAACAAUCUUUGUAUCCUUAUAUAAUUUUUAUAACAUUAUGGCUAAUUCAGGAACUCAUUUCGUACUAGAUCAAAAUACUGUUGUUCUAUUGCCUGCAGAAAUUAGCUCACUGUUGGCAGGCAUACCUCAAUAUAAAGCAGAAAGCAAUAAUAUCUCUAUAAGUAAUUUAUCUUCUGAUUCAGCUACGAUUGCAACGUCUGAACCUAUUGGACGAACCGAGACAACUUAUUGCGUUGAACAACCUGCUAACCUGGUAUAUUCGAAUCAGAUUCUUACUCCUAUCAGUCCUAAUAUAUUGACGCCAGAGAAUAGCCCUGUUGUUUCAACAACCUGCAAUUCUACACCAAAAGGAGCUAGAAGCAAGUUUCUGACGCAGUUUGACGAAUCUCCCCUCACUCCUGUUUCAAGUCGCCAAGCUUCAAAAAUUGUCAACACUGAUGCAAAACCCAAUUUUCCAGCUACAAAUCUUUGCAAUCAGUCGCCAGUUGUAAGCAACGAUGUUAAACCUUUUGGAACUUUAGUAUUUUUCGAUCUUGAAACUACAGGCUUGGGUCACAUGAUUGGAAAAUCGAAUGUCCAGAUAACUGAGAUCUCUAUGGUUGCAGUGGAUCGAAAAGAGUUUUGGGUCAGCAAGAACAGUGAGUUGAAGGAAAUUAGAAUAAUGCAUAAGCUGUCCAUGUGCGUGAGACCUAGAAGCGCUGUUUCUCCGGGCGCUGCUAAAAUUACUGGGCUGGACAAUUUCAAUCUGAUCGACCAGUAUCCAUUUGAUAGAAAUGCUGCCACAACCAUAAUUUCCUUCCUCUCGCAUCUCCCCAAGCCAGUUGGCCUCUUGGCUCACAAUGGUAAUACCUUUGAUUUCCCCCUUCUCAAAUCUGAAUUUAAACGACUCUCGAUGGAAUUGCCGUCUGAUCUGCUCGUUGCCGACACCCUGGUCGCAUUUCGCACCAUCGGAAUCGUGGAGUGCCCUCCCGAUAGGAAAGUCUGCAAAUCUGUUAAGUACGGAAGGAAUGGUAGACUCUCCCAUUCUCUGGAAAAUCUGCAUCUCUUUUUCUUCAACAAGAAACCAGCGAAUGGACACAGUUCGGAAGGAGAUUGUCUUGCAUUGGCAAAGGUGUGCCAUAAACUGAAAGAAAAUGCUUUACCUUGGCUAGAGGCUAAUGCUAAAACAUUGGACACCAUAAUCCCUAUGUGGUAAACUUGCAAAUGUUUUGUAUAUGUGUUUCAUUUAAUUUUUAUCUCUGAUUUUAUUGAGAGCGGAAACUAUAUCGACUAAAAAUCUGUGUUACUGAGUGAUGCUUUCAAGGAUUUGUUUUGUGUUUGUCUGCUUAAUGCGAUGGUUUUUAUAUUCCUCCCUGCAAUCUACUGUGUAGCUUUAAGAAGAACUCCUCCAGAUUAAAAGUCUGUGGCUGUUUGCUGCUAUAGUAACAAGCAAGAGCACAUUUCUAAUGGUAGGUAGGGAGGUACUUUAUUUACGUCGCACAAUUGGCAACGAUCUGGGAAACAUCCCCGAGAAUGUUCCCAGACCAUGCCAUCACAAUUUUGAUCCUCUACAGAGGGGAUGACUCUCCUGCUUUGGCAAACCAACAGCCUUACAAUUUUUCAUAUCCUUGUAAACCUUAAAACCUCAUUAUUUUGCUUUGCGUUCUUCCUCCAAAAAUAGCUAUUAACUCUAACUUGUGUGUUUUCUGAUCAUCUUGUUUUAUAACAUAUUAUGUAUGCAUUUUGUGGUACGUAAAACAAUAUGAAAUCUGUUCGUUGUUAAAUAACUUGAUUAUCAAGUUAUUUUGUCCAUUGUCAAUGAUAUUAUUUUGUCCAUUGUAUAAAUAUUGUUUUGACAUUUUUAAUGUUUUUUCGACUUGAUACUUUGAUUUUUAAGUUUGACUUUGAUUAAUUACUUUUCAAAUUUUGUACAUGUAGUGACAUCAAAAUUUCUUUUAAAUCUUAGUAAUUAAUUGCUUUUUUCAUUGAUUAUGAAUUAAUUAUACAUUGUUUUGCAGCAGAAAGAUUUUAGAAAUUUUGCAUCUCGCAUUUAUAAUUAAUAAAUUGUGUUGUAUUUUUUUUUUUUUAACAAUUGUGUUUCCUUUAUUUUGGCAGAUAUUUUAAUUCAUAUCUGAAAAGUGAUAUAAAACUUUCGAGAAUUAAUUUCUAAUAUUUGAGAGGUUAAAUUUCUCGAAAUGUGUAUUUUAAAAAUUACUUGAAAUAAAACAAAUAACUAUUAGGUUCUGUUAGAUUUCUUAAAAGCAUAAAUCUUGCCUUUUUUUUUUCAAAUAAGAAAAAUUUUGUCUUUAAUAGUUUUUCCUCUACUUCACAACAAAAUUUCUGUUUUAUUUUUUAUGUAUUUAGCUCAGAAUAUGAAAUUAAACAUACAAUUUUCUAAGAAAUUCAGAUUUUUUUAUAGUAUUUCCUUUAAGCUAUUGGCUCAAAAGCAAUUGGGGGGAGGGACAAGAUUUUUUUUUUUCUUCGGAGACUUUUUCAUUUUUUAUUCUAGAGUCCUUAUUGAGACUGCAUGAUUUGCUCCUAAUAAGAAAAUUAAAUAUUAGUCACUUGUUUUGUUGCAAUGCAACGAUUUUUUGGGAAUGUUUUAGAUUGCUAGGUUAUAAUUUUUAUUUCAUAACGACAAAAAGAUUGUCAACAUAAAAAUUUAUUCAAUUAAAAGAUUCCCAAGUUUUUUAGUGCAUUAACACAAAUUUAUUUUCUGAGUUUUUUGCAUUAAAAAGUCAAAUUUUUGCUCUGUAACCAUUGCAACUUAAUCUAUAAUAUUGUUUUUUAAAUUCCUAUUCAACUUUUGGUUAUUUAUAAAAUUUAAAUAUUUUUUGCUAAACAGAUAGUUAAAGUAUUGUUGUGUAAAGUUAAUUUUUAAUAAUAGUUUUGUAUUCAUUAUUUUAACUGCAAAUUUUGACUGAAAACUAUUUUAUAUGAAACUUAGUAUGAAAGCAAAUAUUAUUUACUGUUUAAUAAUUGCAAAAUGAUUAAGUUGCAUACCAUUGUGGUUUAAUUUAGUAAUCAAGUUAAGUUAAAAUGUUACGUAAUAAUUGAUGUUACAUAUUGUAAUAUUCGAACAUAAUGUCUAAUUUUUUUGGAAAAAUCUCGAUGUAAGUGUUUGAAUUGUGAUGCUCGACAGUAAUCAAUAGAUCAAUUCUUUUCUAUUUAAUGCAUACUUAUUUUUGUCUUACUUUUAAAAAUAAAAUUGUUGUAUUCA